UCUCCUUUCUCCUAGGCUCGUCCGCCUUCUCUCUCUGCUCGCGGAACCUUUCGCUGUCCCUCUCCGCGGGGCGGGAGUCUACGACUCCGAGCCUGUGAGCCUGGGGAGGGGCGGGAAGACUGGAGCAGUGCGCUAGACCCCCUUCGGCGCUGGGCGGAGCGGGACGGCGGCGGCGCGCCCUCGCGCACGCGCGCUCUCCGGCCGACCGGAUCGCUGGGGGUCCCCCUUCGGGGCGGGGGUCGGAGGACUUCUUUUCCCACCCCCUUUUGGAACGCGUGCGCGUGCCACCGUGCACACGCGCUCGCCCUGGUUGCCCCGAUCAAUCCGCCAGGUGCGGGGCUACGGGACUAACCGUUCUGUGAGUGGGGGUCCUCCCACAUCGUCUUCAGCGUAGCUUCCCAGGUCCCCUCUAGGUCUGUUCGUCUACACAGGAGCUCCGGGGUGCCGCAGAGCUCGCUGUCCCUGACACAGGUCUGCAAGCAACAAUCCUAAGGAGGACCAGGGGAAAACCAGGCCAGGAUGGCUUCUUCCAGGAUCAUUCCCAAGUGGAAUGAUUUUUUUAGGCUUGUGAAUGACACCAUUCACAAAAGCAAGAAAUCCAGAGUGGAGGAACAGAGUGAAGUAAUUGUGUUGACUGACCGAGCCCAGAUACUGUUCAAAGAAUCCCGCUCUCCUCUCCCUAUGCCGACCAUAUGCCAUUACUUCAUUGAGGCCCACUUCUUUGCCUCUCUCUCCUGGGUGUCGUCCUACAUAAAAGAAACACUGGCUGUAGUGUGGAUGAAAAACAAGACUGACGACAUGGUUGAAAAGAGAACAUUUCCGAUGUUGGAGCGACUACGGCCUGUCCAGGCAAUGGUGCACACAGGCAACCUUCAUCUCAUUGUGGCCUACUGUGGCGACAUGAUCCUGAGGCUCUUUGGGGACCAUUUUAAGGCAUUCAAAUCCAUGUGUACUGUGCCCUGCCGCUUUGACAUCACCUGCCUCUGUUUUGAUCCAGAAACAAAGAUGCUUCUGUCCGGCAUCCUGGGGGGAGUGGUCACCUGGAUCAUUGAACAAACUGGCAAGGGCCUCCACAUGCUGCAAAUCUUUCCCAUCCCUGGUGACGAGAUGGUCCAAAGCAUUGUCCUGAAUGGCCCGAAAGGCUGCAUCAUGGCCCUGUGUGAAUGUACUCUGAGAGUCCUUGAACACCAGGGCCAGGGUCAACUGGGAGAGUCACAGAGGUUCGUAGCCACUAACUGCAGCUCUCCCAUCACCUGCUGCUUCACAAGCUUUGAGGAGAACCUUCUCUACGCUGGGAACAAGGCUGGAGAGGUCUAUGUAUGGACCCACCUUCAAAGCCAGUCUCUCCACAGCUUCAGAGCCCAUCCCACAUUAGUGGUAUGCAUACAGAGCCGGUCAGAGGCCCACACCCUGCUGACAGCUGGGAGGGAAGGCACACUCAAAGAAUGGAACCUCACUUCAGGGAGCCUGCUCAGGCACCUGGAACUUGGCAAGGAGCUCUAUGGCCUCCAGUUUAUUGACAACACUACUUUCUUCUGCCAAACAACGCAUCAGUUUUCCUUGCACCGCCUGCCCAGCUUCUACAGCCUCUUCAAUGUCUGUGGUUCCGUCCCUCAGCAGUUACGUCGAGUCCGCUAUAGGGACAACUGCUUCCGGAUCCUAUGUGCCACUGAGGAUGGCCUGUUGCGCUUUGUGUCUCCUGUAACAGGGGAUCUUCUGCUUAUCACUUGGCCUUUAUCAGUCCUCGACCAUGCUGUGGACUGGGCCUUCGAUCCAGGUAACGAGGAGCUUUUUGUAGCAGCAGGCACCUCAGAGGUGCUAGUGUUUGACACAAGCCGCAACCCUUGCCCAGUCAAGUAUCUCCUGUGUACCUCACCGGAUACUCAGGACUUCGUCCAGUGCCUGGCUUAUGGGAAUUUCCACCUGGGCCGGGGGCUGGAAGGCCUGAUAUUCUCUGGGCAUCAGAGCGGUAUGAUAAGAGUGCUUUCCCAGCACAGCUGUGCCAGAAUUGAGAAAAUUGUUCACUUUGGGGCCGUCCUGGCUCUGUCAGUAUUCUGUGGGAGGCUUUCGACUACCCAAGAAAACUCUUUGCUCUGUUCCUAUGGGGUAGAUGACUACAUACAAUUGUCAGAAGCUGUGUUGACGGGGAGCCGAUUACAGCUUAGGAUCCUGGCUUGCAUUCUCAGCAGCUGCCCACUAAAACACCUGGUCCUCCUACCAAAAGCUGUAGGUGCCAUUACGGAUACCAACUGCCUACGGCUCUGGAAGUUCCAUGAUUUUAUGGCCUUCGGGUCAAGGCAAGGCACCAAAUUUAUAGAAACAUUGCCUCUACACCAGUGUGCCAUCACCUCCUUUGAUGUCUGCUUGUCCCUGAGUAUUUUUGUCACAGGUGGUUCAGACGGCACCGUUCGCAUCUGGGAUUUUCAGGGUAAACUUAUGGCCAUGCUGGACUCGUCCCUGCACUUUGGGCCACUCUGCUUCGCCAAUGACCGGGCCGACCUGCUUGUGACUUUCAACCAGAGUAUAUAUCUGGUGUCUUGCUUACAACUCUUAUCCCCAUCCGUACUUGCUCGUGUUGCCCUUCUGACCAUAACCGAUGACAUAGUGGAAAUCCCCAAACCUUUCAUGCCAAGCUUCUUUUUUUCUUUUGAGACCUUAUUUGUGCCUAAGUAUAGCUACCAGGGCCUACGGAAACAGGACCUCGAAGGCCUAGUAAACCUUUCCAAUAGGCGGGCUAUUGCCUUUGAUCAUAACGUGCCACAUGUCAUAGAAGAAGAAGAUGAUGGCAGCACUGUGUUACUGGCCACUUCCCGGUAUGCUUUUUCGGAGGAAAGGGAGCUGCUGAGUGAGUUUGAUAAGCAACCCCAAACUCACUAUGUGAUUCCUCCCCAGUUGCAGUUGACUGCCUGGGACGGACUGAACCCCUAUCAGAUACUGCGAUGCUACUUCGGACACGGGAAGAAAUGGCUUCUUGCUCCUGAUUGCUACAUCCCUAACUCAGUGAUCCGUGCCCGUCUUUGGCCAGAGGGCAGUCCAAUAUUCCUCAAGUGCAGCCUGCACCCACCCCAGCGGGAUCUGGAAUGGGAGAAGGGUCAGCCAUUCUUCUUCUGGCAGAGCAAGGUAAAAGCUCCGAGUGAAGUAGACGAAACACCACAGAAAGAGGAUGAAGGUUUCCUAGAAACGAGAUUAACCAAGGACAUCACUUACAGCGUCCUCAUCGAUGCAACAAAACGCAGCUGGCUGGGGAAGAAGAUAAGCGAUGUGGCUCUUAGCAGCCUGAUCGAGACAAUCCUCAACAUCAUGGUCCAUGCCAACCCACUGAAAUACCAGUGCUGUGUUGGUGCAUUAGGACAAAUCUUUGCCUCUUACCAGGUGUCUCCAGCUCUGCGCUCGGAGACGGCGCACCGUCUGCUGGAUGACACAACCCAUUCCAACCCACUUGUCCGAGAACUAGCCUGGGAGGGGCUGAAGCGCCUAGGCAUGAUCACUCAUCUCUUUGCCUUGCCUCUGACCCAGGGAUUGUUGGACAAGGAUCAAAGAGUGAGGAACAAGGCCUUAACCCUAAUGCCCAAUACUGGAGUCGAUUCAAAGAGCUCACUGUUAGCUCUGAUCCAGAAGCCAAGCAUUUUCCAGGAGUUGCAGCAAGAGAUGAUUGGGGAGGAGUCCCUGGACCAUCUUCUGGGGCUGCGGCCCAUAGACAUUCAAACCCUCAUUACUCAAAUAGAGCUGCGAUUAAAUGAUAACCUGUCAAUGAGUAAAAGAGAUAAGGUUGAUUUCUCUUUGGAAAUCCCGGGGUCUUCUGCACCUAGUCAGACCAUCUCCUUGCUCCUACUUCCCCCAGCUCCUGAAGUACUUCAAACCAAGCCCAUCAAAAGCCAAAGACAGAUCCGCUCAGCGGGCAGAAAACGGGCCCGGAAAAUAUUGCGAGGCCUCAGAAAGUUCAAAGAGAAACUGCAGAAACACGAGGAGAUAACUGAUCAGGAUGAGGCAGAAGCAGCCCAGGCAGACCUCAAAACAGUCCACUCCAGGACUUCUUCUGGUAGCCUACUCAAGAGCCCCAAAGAGGUUGAAAUUUCCGAGAAAGAUAUCUUGAAGGAACACAUUUCCGUGGCCAUGAGACUGAGGAAAAGGCUCCACCGAAGAGCCACAGACAAAAAAGACAAGAAAGCUCACAAGCUCCGCAAGCCCAGGAAGAAGAAGAAAGAGGUCGGAGCCAUAGCUGUAGCUGCGCCCGAGGAAAUUUUGCCUCCUGUAAUGGCCGAACCUUCUCCUCCACCUCCACCAUCACCACCACCACCACCACCGAGGAAGAGAAUUCACAGAAUUUCUGGACGGGGUGUUGGGGGAAGGCCUGGUAGGAUUCUGUCUCCAGACAGUGAAUGGCGGGAUGAUCUCUGUCAGCUCACAAACCUGAGGAUAGCUGAUUCUCAACCACAGAUGAUGGAUGAUCUAAAUGCUGAGCUAGUGGCUACUGCUACUGAGGUCCUGGCAGGAAAGUAUCCGAGCUGGGAACUCUUUACGGAACUAUGCCCCUUAUUGGGCAAAAAAGAGAUUGAGGCUGAGGCUGAGGCUGAGGCUAAGGCUGAGGCUGAGGCUGAGGCUGAGGCUGAGGCUGAGGCUGAGGCUGAGGCUGAGGCUGAGGCUGAGGCCCAGGCCGAGGCCGAGGCUAGGGAAGAAGCCUGGCAAGAGGGAGAACCAGUUUUUAUCAAAGAAGCAACUAGAGAGGGUAUGGAUGUCACAGGUCAGACAAGAGCCACAGAGGUGCCAGAGGCUGGAGAGGAAAGACUAGAAAAAGAAGAGAGACCACAGGAGGUGGAGCAAGAGACCCAAGAAGAGGACAAAAAGAAGGAAGUUGCUUUCUUAGGACCAGAGGAUGUAGUCAAAGGGAAGCAGAGACCCAGGAAGGGAUGGAAAGCUAGGAUGAUGGCUAAGCAGGAGAAAAUGAGAGAAGAUGAAAGAACAGAAGAGGCUGUCUCUGCAGAAGAGCUGGCUGUGACUGUGAAGUCAGAGGAAAUGGCUGAAGAAGGAGAAGAAGGAGAAGAAAGAAGAAGAGAAGGAAGAAGAGGAACAUGGGAAGAAGAGGAAGGAGCAGAGAGGGGGGAGGAGGAGCAAAUGAUUGAACGAAAAGAAACAAUAGCAGAGGCAGUUGAGAGAAAGCUGUCUUGGGUGGAGUGGAAGAGGUCUUGGAAUGAAUGGCAGAGGGUCCAGACUCGGAGGGCAGUGCUUUGGGAAGAAUGGAAGAAAGAAUGUGAUAAGAAGCAUUUUGAAGAACUGGAGAGACUCCAGGCGAAAAGAGAGCUGCCACCAAGUGCAGAAGUAGAGGAACCAGAGAAGAAAAUGCUGAAAUGGGAUGAAUGGAGAGAGGUCUGGGAAAAGGUAUCAAAGACCAGAACUGAGAAAGAAUUGGAUUUAGGGGAACUGCUGUCCAAGGAAGGGGAGGAAGGGGAGGAAGGGGAGGAAGAGGAAGAAGAGGAAGAAGAAGAGAUAGAGGAAGAGGAAGAGAUAGGUGAAGAGGAAGAGAUAGAGGAAGAGGAAGCAGAGGACAGAAAGGUCCUCAGAAGAGAGAGGAAACGGAUCCAUGUGGCACAGAGACAAGCCAGGGCAGAGUGGAAACAAGCCCAAGCUGUGAGACUAAAAGCCAGAGAGAGGAGGCUGCUCGCACAGGAAGAGGAGAAACUUGCACAGGAAGAGAAAAUACUAGCCCAGGAGAAGAGAAAACUGGCUCAAGAACAUGUGAAAAGGGCUACCAGGGGUGGAAAAUUGGCCCACAUAGAUAUGACCCUUGGAGAGAAAGAGAACUUUCUGGGCCAACAAGAGGAAAUUUUAAGCCAUGAAGCAGAGCUACUGGCCCAGAAAAAAAAGAAGCUAGCCAGAAAUCUAGAGACAAUAGCUCAUGAAGAAGAAAAAAUCGCAAAAAAAAUAAAUAAAGUGGGAGAAGUGAAAGCAGUGUUGGCUCAGAAAAUAGAAACCGUGAUGGAAAAAGAAAAGAAUCUGGUCUUAGAGGAAAAGCAGGUGAAAGAGGAAGCCAAGAACCUGGAGUUGGACAGAAGGGAGCUAGCUCUGAAAGAAGACGAACUGUACGAGGACAUAGAAAAACUGGCCGAGAAAAUGAAGGCUCUGGCUAAGGAGGAGGAGAUGCUGGCCUUGUAUGAGAAGAAUUUGUCAUUGAAGGAGCAGAUGCUGGCCCAGGAGGAAGAGCAGCAGAUGGAGGAAGAGAAAAGACUGGCCUGGAAGAAAGACAGAACGCCUGAAGAGGUGGAGAGUCUAAGGGAGAGGAGAGAGAAACUGAGGGAGAAGAAAGAGAGACAGGCCCAGGAGAAAGAGAGAAUGGCCCAGAGAAAGACAGAACUCCAAGAAAAGAAAACAAGACUGGCCCAGGUGGAAGAAAGUCUAGGCCAGGAGAAGCACAUGCUGUCUCUGGAAAAAGAAAGACUGGCCGAAAGGGAAAAGGUUCUUCGGGAGAAGGAAAAAAAGCUCCUCAAGGGGAAGGAGCAAUUACAGGACAUAAAAGGCAAACUGGAGACAUACAAGGAGAAGCUGAUUAACUUAAGUAAGAAGCUGACGGAGGAGAAGAAUGUCUUUGUGGUGAAGAAAGAGAGGCUGGCUGCCACAGAGAAGAAGUUGGAGCUGGCAGAUGUGCUUUUGGCAGAGAAGCAAAGGAAGCUGUCCGUGGCAAAAGUAAAGUUAGCUGAGGAGAUCAUAGACAUCAUCCAGAAUGGCCAACUUAUCAGAGAAGAGGCUGAGAUCAUUAAAGAAGGGGAGCAGCUGGCCUGCGAAAUGAAAAGGGUGGCCAAGGAGAAGAUGAAGCUGGUGGGAGAGUCAGAGAAGGCCCCCAGGACUGAGGCGGAGGAAGCCAUCUUAAGGAGGAAGAGGCUGGCCGUGCAUGAGGUAGAUCUAAUGAAGAGGAGAGUGUCGAUGGAGGAGAAAAUUCUAGCAUAUGAAGACAGACUGUUGGCCACAGAGGAAAAGGAUGCUGCCAGAGAGAGUCUGGAGCUUACCAGAGAACAGAGGAUACAUGCCCAUGAAGAAAGGAAAUUAGCCAAAGCUAGCAGGAAACUGGAUAGAGAGAAGAGUGUUUCCAAGGAGCCUGCAGAGACUAGAAAAGCCUUAAAGGCACUUCAAAAUAUAGUUAACAAAGCAAGGAAACUGACACAGAAAGAAACAAAGAUGAUAAAGAUAAAACAGUCACUGCUAGCUAAGGAGGCCAGGCUAAGUGUGGAGGAGGAGAGACUUGACAUUAAGGAGUUGGAUGCCGUAGAAGAACAACCAGAGAUAAUCUUAGAGGAGAGGAAGCUAGCUAAGAUGCAAAGACAUCUGGCCAUGCAGAUGAGAAGGCUGAGAACCCAAGAGCAGAGAAUGGCUGAGGAAGAAGGGGAAUUUGACCGGGAACCAAUAUGGCACAAGGAGGAGGAGGAGGAGGAGGAGGAACAGGAGGAAGAGAGGAAGGAGGAGGAACAGGAGGAGGAGGAGGAACAGGAGGAGGAAGGGAAGGAGGAAGAACAGGAGGAGGAAGGGAAGGAGGAAGCACUAUUCUUUAAAAGUCCAUGGAUUAGGAGAAAAGGCUUCAUGGGGAUUCUUCCUGGAAUGGAAAAGUUUUACAGCCUAUUAGAACCCAUAGAACAGAAAGAGAAAAUUUCUCAGGACAUAGAAAGCCUGUUGAAAGAAAAGGAGAAGGAAAAAGAGGCAGGAUGGGAGGAGGAAGAGGAGGAGGAAGAGGAAGAAGAAGAAGAGGAGGAAGAGGAAGAAGAAGAGGAGGAGGAAGAGGAAGAGGAAGAGGAACAGAAAGAGGAAAAAGAACAAGUGCAGGAAGAGGAAAGGGAGGAGAAAGGAGAAGAGGAGAUAAAAAAAGAAGAGAAAAAGAUGGAAAAGGAGGUUCAUGAGGAGGAAGAAGAAGAAGAGGAAAAGGAGGAAGAGACUGAGGAAAGCUCAAGUGAGGAGGAGGUGAAAAGUGUAGGCCACAUAGAAGAGGAAGAGGAGAAACACUUAUGGGAAGAAGAGAGGAAGGAAGAAGAGAAAAAAAAGAAAAAAAGAGAAAAGCCAAAGAUAGAAAGAAAGAUGGUCUUUCAGAAACGGGAAAUGUUCCCUCAAGCAAUCCCUGAGAUCAGAGGGAGCACUAUAAAGCUGAGCAGCUCUCUUGGGAAAUUGGCCCCAUUACCUGAGGAUAUGGAACCAGAAGCAAAACAGAUAUCCAGGGAAGAGGAGGCCAGAGUGUCCGAGAUACCCACAAUAACACCCAUGAUAUCCCUGAGGACAACGGUGAUGGAUAAAGAGAGGGAGCUGAUGGAGAAAUAUAAACUGGAACCCCUACGCCUUCUGGAGGUGAUCUUAGAGUAUGAAAUAGCAGGCAUGAUCACGCCAUUCACGUCUCGGAUGGUUAGAAGGGCCACAGAAGCUCACAGACUCCAUCUCAAAACGAAGUGGUUUCUGCAGCAUCAUCCUUCUCUGGCAGGACCAAGGAGACGGCUACAUCUCCCCAAGAUCUUGGCAGAGGAACGAUACUCAAAGAUCGGGGUAUCGGACGUUGAGUGGCUGCAUGGCAUCUUGAAACAGAUGGAGGCAGGAGAAGAGCUUCCCAGAUACAGUUUCCACAGACUGUGCCAACUCCUCAAAGACCUAACCGAGUCGGGAGACCUGCAGUGGCUGCACCUGGCAGUACUUGAAGCCAUUGUGCACCGUCACAAGCAGAUUGUGGAUUCAAGAUCUUCAAAACCUAGUAGAGAACCUAUGAGUCCCAAACAUCUGAAAGUGAUUCCUCCCAUAAAGGGAAGGGAACAGGAUGGCUGGCUGGAGCCUUCAGCUGUCCCCAUGCCAGGGUCAUUAGCUACCAAAAGGGUUACAGACCCAAAGGUUAUACACUGGCAUCUUCUAGGAGAGCCACACAGAAGUACACGGCUGCAGCAGUUAUCCAGUGCUCUGGGUGAAAUGGAGACACAGUCUUUUGAUCUUACUACAAGAGACAUUUUGACCGAUGUUCAUUCUUCCAUAAACAAUCAGACCCUGGCACUGAUGUUUCAAAAGGACUUUGGGGAUCUUAAAAGUAAAAGCAGGUAUCCCAAACUGCCUAAGUUGGAGAAAAAGCCUAUCUCCAAAAAAAAGGAGGAGGUACCUCCAUGGGAGACAUUUGUGGCGCUCUACCAUGUUUUGCGGAUGCUACAGCAGCGGUAUGCCAAAGACAGGGCUACUUGGAUGGAAAAGUUUUACCAGCUCAUGGACCUAUACCAGAUUAAGUCUCCUGGAAUCCAGAGGCUGCUGCUGGACCUGCUCCUGACUAAAGAGCCCCAGUCCCAAGAGUUCAUCUCCAAAGAGACUGUGGAGGAAAAGGAGCUGAUGCCAGGGGAACGGCUACUGUACUGCUUGGUUUGUGGUGGCUCCCACCCCCCAAAAAUGCCCCUGGGGUUCCGGAAUGUCAUACCCCUCCCUGAACAGAAUAACGUGCAUACCAUCAGUCCCAAGGGCAUUACCAAGUAUGGAAUCCUCGAACUUGCCUGGAAGAGCCUGCCCCAAGCUGACAUUCACCUCAGGAAAGAGUCCCAUGUCAUUGUUCCCAUUCCCUAG